GGUAUUUAGGCCCUUCUUGACAGCAGCAAGUGAUCUCGUUGAUUAUUCAAAACAAUCUGCAAUCACCUUCGAUGUAAUUAAAUUCUUCUUCUAUUAUGAGAAGAGCAGAAAAUUUUUUUGCAUAGUUUUUAGUUGUUUACAAAUCGCAAGUAGUUUUUAUUGCAAUAUCAUUAUUUGUUAUGCUUUUGCAAUUGUUAAAGGAUGACGUGAAAGAGCGCUGAAUUGAAAGGGUUGUUUUAUCACGAGUUUGAUAUGAACAGAUAGUAGAUCAUCAACAUAAAAGCGAACUAUUCCAGAUCAUUUUGGCUCAAUUCACAUGUCAGAUGUAAUGAUGCAGAAAGCUGUCUUGCUUUUGAGUUCAUUGCUCCUUGCAGCCAAUGUUGUCGCAGCAGAAAACAGCACAACUCCAUAUAAAGCUGAAGAGUAUCUUGAAGCGAUGUUAAGAAACUACGAUAGCAGAGUAUUGCCUGCAAAAAAUGGAUCAACAGUCAAAAUUGAAGUUCGAGCAAACAUUGUUGACUUUUCCGAACAAAAAUCAAUACACAGUCAUUAUGGGGUUGAAGUUGUACUACACUCAUAUUGGAAUGACCACAGGUUGACUUUCAAUGGAACAGACAUUGAUGACAUCAGACUGGCAGGGAGCAAAGUCGAUCUUAUCUGGACACCAGAUUUCACAUUUGAAGAAAAGAUUGGAGUUGCUAGCAAGAUCACAACGGAUAACAAAUUUGUGGCAGUUCACGAUAAUGGAGACGUCCUAUUUAGCCAAAGGGUUAUCCUUACUAUGUUUUGUCCAAUGGAUUUCAGGAAAUUCCCGUUUGACGACCAAGAAUGCGACCUUCCAAUUUUUUCAUUUGCUUAUAACGACGAGCAGAUGGAACUAAGCUGGAUGUCUACAAGUGGUGGGAAGACCUUGCCAGGCGUCGUGCUGCGAAGUGAACCGGAAAAGCUCGGAGGCCCGUAUCUGUUGGAAAAGCACAGUUACGGCAAAGUCAAAAGACAAUUUGGAACAUCAGAGUCAUACGACGAACUGGUGAUUCGCCUGUCAUUCCAUCGACGCCUGUCGCAUUACUUUGUUCGGAUCUAUCUACCGUUGAUUCUGAUUGUCAUACUGAGUUUUGGCUCAUUUUGGAUCGACUAUCGAUCUACUCCAGCCCGCACCAUCAUGUCAACAACUAUCGUCCUCACAGUGGUGACCUUUAUUGUCAGCAUCCAGAGUUCUUUACCACCAACAACCAGCAUUCGUUCAGUCGAUAUAUACUCCCUCUCCUGCUUCAUUUUAGUUUUUGCUACCCUUAUCGAAUUUGCAUUUGUGCAGACGGUCGAUAUUCGAGUGAGAAUUAUUGAAAGGAAAUCAAAAGAAAAGAGAGAGAAAAGCGCCCGCCAAGAGGCACAAGGAGAUGCAACACCUGGAAUCUUGAAGAAUUCUUCAUCUCGUAUAUGUAUUUCUCCAAAGACACAGGCUGUUCCUGAGAUUAUUGUCAAAGGAUUCCUCGGAAGAUUUACGACUUACCUCUACAAAGCUCACUUUCAACACAAAGAAGAAUACCAUGUUUUAGACCAUUUCUCAAAGCGGGUUUUUCCUCUUACGUUUGCAGUUCUUAACGCAAUUUACUUCAUUGUAUAUUCUACACACAAGUAAGGCAACAAAUCAAGCAGAAAAUAUGAGUUUUCUUUCUUAUUUUGAACUGUCGAUGAGUGCCUCAAACUCUAGAAUGGUUUGAAUCAAACUUCUAGAAUGAUAAAGUUAAGUAUAUUUGAACAAAAGUAGCAGAAUGAUCUCAAUGAACCUUAAGUGGCUCGUUCAUGCUUGUCAGUUUUCAAGACGAGAUUUUCGGUUGAAAGGUUGCUUUUCUUGGCCGCAUUAGUAAAGAGACACAUGGCUGGGUAUUGGUUUUCGCAAAGUAGCAAGGGCUGAUUGAAGACAACCUGUCGUAUAACAUAUGAUGAAGCCUCAUCACGCAGGAGCUUCCAUGGAGAGAGUGACGGAUAAGACAGGGAAUUUUUAACAACAAUCGAGCGAAGUGCCUAGCCUUAAUUUUUGCUCUUGAUUUGGGUACUCUAGCCUUGCCGAAUAUUUUUAGCCCUGGAUACCUUUUUGUAACACAAAAGAAAUCACAUGAUCGAUGACGUCAUUUUCCUCGGUCAUCAAAAUUUUUAAUUCUCUUUUUUGAAAAAUCGCUCCAACCAUCUUCUUUUGCAUUGUAAUAGGAGCAAAAAGUUCUAAAGAAUAAACGUUAUCAAACCUGAAAAUAAUGAGUUAUUGCUAUUUAAAGUUUGCAUGACGUCAUCAAAAUGGCGGUUCUGCAAUUUUCAAGCACGUGGAAUUCAAAAGCGUGUAAUUUAGGUUGCUUAUCUCGAUUUUGAAGUUUUUUGACCUUCGUGUUAUUCAGCAACUCAAGAAUAUCAUUUUAGCUGAUAUAUUUGCCCGUCUGGGAAACUAAGUAUUGACGAUGCUAGUGUUGGGGAAUAUACAAGUACAUACUUAGCUCAUGUACUUGUACUGGGCUGCCAGAGGUGGUCGGCAGUGGACAGUAAAACUUGUUUUCUUUGCAAGGAUAAAGACCACAAACCCCAUCUAGAAAUCAAGCUCUGUUCAAUUGUUUAGGAAGAAAUCUAUGCGCGAUUUAGUGAUAGUCAAUACUACUUUUUAUGUGCUUUGGCGUAAUGAAAGCAUCUGUGGCUCUAAGCUAAAACUGCUACGGGACUUCUAUUCACGGCAAACAAGAAGAUCACAUUUGAGUGGUGUAGAGCAUGUCAAACACAAUGGAAAAAGAUGAAAAUAAGAAUUAUUUUUCUUGUUAGCAAGGCUGAAAGUACCCAAAUCAAGAGCAAAAACUAAAGUUAGGCACUUUGCUCGAUUGUUGUUAUAAAUUCUCUGUCUAGAUUAUCUCCUUUGCUGACAAAGUGGGCGAGCCUAACAAGUAUACCGACAUGUCUGAAAACAUCUCGAUAAAGCUCCCUUACGUGGCAGAAAACUUCACGUUUCCACAAUGGAUACUUCGUCGAGGAGGGUGUCACACCCCUCCCUUACAUCCCAUCCUAGUGUCAUUAUGCAAAGACUUGUCUCCAUUUCAAUCCUAUCAUUCACUGUCUGCGAUCCAAGUUGCUUUAGAAUUAUCACUGGCAGAGCAGAGGCAUUGAUAUACAGAACAGCAAAUGUGUCAAUGUCUGGUUGGAUCAGAAUUUCGAGAUUGUUGCAUAAUGUGUAGGUAAUGCGCAAUCCCAGCAAAACCAAAGACAAACUAAAGAAACUGCAAAAUCGUGUAACCAGAAUUAUAACCAUUAGCACAUACACCACUUCUGUUCUUCCAACUCAAUAACCAAUAAGACACUUAUUUGGGAGGAUGUUUGUUAACAUACACUAAACCAAAUUUUUUAAAGCUUACAUUAUAAAUCUAGAAAAUCGUCUCUUUUUUGAUACUUUUUCUUCUGGUCAGCACAUUGCAUUAGCUAGCUGGAAAGCAUAUAUUUUUAGGGUUAAUCCAAUCGUUUUUCUUUGUUUUCAUUGACGAAAAGCAAAUAUCAAAAUUACAUUUCAAUAGAACAGAAGCUGCUUUUAGAUAGUGAUGAGUUCAUCCCCAUUUCCUUAACUUCAAACCAAAUCAAGAUUUUUACCUUUCUUGCUAAUACAGUAAUGUUUGGUGAAGUUCUGAAGUCCUUGUGGACCACUAUGAUUUCUAAAACAUGCAACCUUGAUAAGUCUAGGUAGAGAGCAGCAUUUAACAUGUAUGCGAACAGUUGCCAUUUUUUUAGAAAAUGAUUUACAGAAUUUAAACCUGUUUUGGUAUCACGUGUUCCUUCAAGCACAUCAGAGCUAUGGAAUAGAAACUAUUGAACUGAAUUUCAAGCUUAUGCGUUACCUUCCAUUCUACAAAGAAGAUUAAUCUUUAUUGAGUUAUUCUGAGCACAUCAAUUCUAUGCAAAUUUCAGUUACAAACUACGAAUUCAAUUGUUCAUAAAGGAAACGGUAAUACUCUAGCUUUUUUCAAUUAGACUUAACAGGUUCAACUCAAUACAAUGGGAAACCUAAAAAGUUUCCCAACUCUUGUGAUAAUGCUGGUAUAAAGCACGUUCACAUUUUUACAUUUGUGAGGUAAGUGGAUACUGUAAGUUCACUCUUUUGGUAGAUAUAGUGAACUCUGAACAAGUAACAGCUUGAUGUUUUCAAGUUUCAUGCAGAGUUAACUUUUGAAGAUUAUCCAAUGCUAUGAAAAACGACGAGCCGACCAGCUUGAACGCGAAUAAUAACGAAGAAAAUGCACUAGAUUCUGUAUUCACCGUUAUUUAUCUAAAUACAGAGUUAUUAACAGGAAUAUUUACAUAUUGCAUCACUGCAUACUAUUAACAAAAGCUGCUAACAGAUUAAAAGUUCAGAAGCAUGACCAGAUUUCUUCUGAAUUCAGAAGCUAGCUCUAGUUGACAAAGAGAGGGAGCUUCCUCCAAAGCAACAGCGGAUUGUAUCAUAAUUGAUUUUGAGAAAUGCGACCACUUAAUCUUGUCAACAGUCUUGUAAAGCAAUCUUGUAAAGCAAACAGCAAAGUAAAGCAAUCUUUUGAGUUUCAAGAAACGUGCAAAUCAAGUAAAAUCAAUAACAGUUAAACUACAUCUGAUCCAUUGGGUUUUCGAAACUUUAUUCCUAGUCUUUUGUCAGAAUGAUUAAUAAGAUCGAAUUUUCAAGUCACAUACACGUGAACCUCUUGUACACGCGAACGUCAUGUACACGUGAUGUAUCUGCUGUAAAAGGUUUAAAGAUUCCCCUAACCAAAACAAUUGAUAUUGAAUUCCCUUUUCACUGGGAAUGCCCUUUCAUGGGGUUGAGAAAAUAAUAUUUCAUAUGUGUGCUGUAUUGUUAAUCAAAAGAGCAAAAAUGAUCUCAAAGGUUUUAUUUUAUGUGAAUCCGAUAUUUAUCUUUACGAAAAGCUUGUUAGAUUACUUGAACAAGGUAAAGAUAUCCUUAGAGACGUAUAUACACAAUAUUUAUACACGAACUAUUGUAAAUGUCUACUGCUAAGUCUUAAAUUAGAUUUAAAAGAGGCUCUGGUCUACGUACUUCUAGCUACUAACAUUACAGCAAUCUAUCAGCAUCGCACCAUAUAUAGACUUAGGCCAUAGGAAAUUCUGAAACUGCGCCGGGAUUAUGUUUAAAUAUCUUUAGUGAAAGAUUUUGAGCCGUAGAUAAUCCUUGUUAUGAAAUUAGAGACUGGAUAAGAGGCAUCUUUAUAUCCAUGCAUUAUUAAGAGCUUUAGAAUAUGGCAGUAUCAUGUGGCUACGAUUUUCCUAUACGUUUGUGAAUGGCUAAUUGCGCUUUAAAAUUUUGAUGUGGAAUUAAUCUUCACGUAAACCAGGCUAUUAAUAUUGUAACAAAACAAUGCUGAAAACUACCACAUCAAAAGAAAACGUUUGAUCGUUUUAAUGAGUUAUGUUGAAUUAAUUAGAUUCUUUAAAAAUAAAUCAAUAUUUUGCGAGCAGAGAUUAUUCUAUGGACGAAUGAAACCGAAAUACUUAUCUUGUCAUUAAAACAAUACCUCAAUUCAUGGAAAAUUAGUUAUUCUUAAACUUUGCUUAAGUCCUAUAACACCGUUUCAAAGGAUCACAUGGAUUCUCAUGGAUUGUUAACAAACGCAUUUGAGCUACUAGCUUGCCUUAUAUUCUGAAAAUUUUCCUUAGCACCGUUGCUAACUUUUGAAUAACAACAUUUGAUAAAUACAGACAAAGCCUCUAACUUGCAGUUUGGAAACAGCAAAUUAUGAAAAUGCGAUCUUGUGUUCAUUAUACUAUUCAAGAUAUGAUUAUUCUGCAGUCAUACUGGAUGGCUUCAAUUUAGGCAAACAAGGCAUUUGAAGUUUUCGGUUUCGUUGGUUUAAAAACCUGCCAGCAUUCAAGUUAGAUAUGCAAGCUGAUUUCCUUCAGGAACACCGACCAACGUUAUCUAUCGUUUGGGAACUCUCUCUCAUGCCCAACUGCCAGAAAAUAGUACGCAUUAAAUAUUAACGCUUACGGCAUUUAAGCUGCAUCAAAUUUGCAAACAACUUCGAACCGUCCCAUUUUUUCAAAUCUUUUUGUUUUCAAAUUGUUCCCUUUUCCAUCGUUCUGGCGUGAAUGCAAAGCUGACGUGCGUUGCAAAAGUAUGUCUCUAAUGCUACAACACAUCACUUUAGAAAGGGCUUGUCUAUGAUGCCUUGAACUCAUCGACAUCGAAUCAGCGUCUUCCAAACUGCUCAUACGGCUCAAGUGACGAGCGUGCAUAGCUCUACGUCUUGGCCUCCAUGGUUAGCAUUCGAAUCUCUACCAUUUUGCACGCUUUUCUCUCUCUGAUACAUCGUUGCAUAGCGUCUUCUUUGCAUAUAGUCACGAGUCUUGCCACAAUUCAGGAGCUCAUUCCAGAGAUCUUUGAACGAUUCACGAAAUUUAGAAUUGAAGGCGUUAUAGAUUAUUGGAUUCAUGCAUGAGUUGGCAAAUAAGAGCAAGUAAGACAGUGUAGAGACUUCAGCUUGGUGGGGAAAUGCUUUACUUUUGGAAAACUCUAGAUAUAAACCAACAACAUGAUAAGGCAAGACACAGCACGCAAACGUUACCGUUACUACAACGACCAUUGUCAAUACUUUUGUGUUCUCCUUCUGUUUCUGUUUCUGCGUUAGCGUUGCAUCACCUUUGGGGUUGCCGCUCAGCUCAACGGCAAUCAGGAUGUAAGCAAACAGAAUAAGCAUUAACGGAAAUAUGUACUGGCUGACGAAGAUAGCAAUAGUGUAGUUCCGUUUGCCUUGAGGCGUGCUAACUUCGAUGCAAGCUUGUUGGCUAGGGUCAUAGUUCAGGCGUAUGAUAUAGGGGACUACAAAACUGAAGCUAAUCAGCCAUAAGAAACAUAUGAGGAUCUUUGCUUGUUUAGUUGACAUUUGGCGGCGGAAAGGAUGACG